UUUUGCACUGCAAAUCUUCUCUUGGCUACAGAGAGAGAGAGAGAGAGAGAGAGAGAGAAUGGGAUCGGCCUCCGCCGGAGCUCAGUGGAUUUCCGCCCCACCGACCGGGAGAAGUGGCCGACGCAUGGGGAUCCCAUUUCAACCUUCCUUCCGAUGUGCUUUUCCGAUUAGCAAUAAUAUUGGGCAGUUGAAGGGCAAGAGAGAGAAAAAGGGAGGCAAGGUGUGUUACAGCGCAGAGGGAGUGAAGGAUGAGAUAGACGCGGAGGAGGCUUGUGAGCUUGUGAGUGGAAUGGAGCUUUCCAUUGGAGAAGAAGCUCACCAUUCAAUCACUGCACAUCUCUUCAAGGCAGUCAAGAACAAUAAUGGAACAGCUAUUCUGCUCUUGACGGAUCUCUUUUCCUUUCAAGACUCUUCUGUUCGAGACUUCGCCUAUCGUCUCGCUUGCAAUGGCUUCAAUGUCUUGCUUCCAGAUGUAUUUCAUGGAGAUUCAUGUGAGGAACAAAAGGCUGUGGAAGACAUAGGAGCAGCAACAAAAUGGUUGGUUGAUGAGUUUUUGGCAGCAGGGAUCUCGAGGAAGCUUGGGAUCGUAGGGUUUGGGUACGGGGGAGGCCGGGUAAUCGACGUUCUAGCUCAAGACCAGGGUUCCUAUUUUUCCAUUGGCGCCUCCUUAUAUGGUACUGAGGUGAAUCCAUCUCUGGCUACCAAAGUCGAGGUUCCAGUAUUGCUCAUCUCAGGGGACAACGACCCACUUUGUCCAGUGAGUGUCAUGAAGGAUUUGGAGAAAGGGAUGGGAGAAGGUUCUAAGUUGGUGAUAUUUGGGGGAAGAGGCCAUGGCUUUGUUCACAAACCUGGAUCUCCAGAAGAAGAUGAAGAUGCUGAGCAGGCUUUUCUUAUGCUAAGAAAUUGGCUGCAUGAUGGAUUGGUUGCAACUAAUAUUGAGGCAAGUGCAUAGGUAAUUAGGUAAUAAAUGAAGUAGCUAACUGGUGCUACUUGGGUUCCAACUCGCCUAAAUGGGGGAUGGCUCACUUUUAUGCA